AUGCCUUUUCUCUCUUAUAUUCUAACGCUUAAAUUCUACCUCUCAUAUCUUGUACUCAAUUUCUCGUCCCGUCUCUCUUCUACUUUUGGCCUUAAAUUCUCCCUCUCAUAUUUUGUACUCUAUUCCCCGUCCCGUCUCUCUUCUAUACUAAGCCUUAAAUUCUCCCUCUCAUAUCUUGUACUCUAUUUCCAGUCCGUAUCCUUAAAUCUCCCUCUCAUAUCUUGUACAUUCCUUCGCGUCUCUUUCUAUUCAAUCCUUAAAUUAUCCCUUUCAUAUCUUGUACUCCAUUUCUUGUUCCGUCUCUCUUAUACUCUAAGCCUCAAAUUCUCCCUUUCAUAUCUUGUGCUCUAUUCCCCGUCCCGUCUCUCUUCUACAUUAGGGCUUAAAUUCUCCCUCUCAUAUUUUGUACUCUAUUCCCCGUCCCGUCUCUCUUCUAUACUAAGCCUUAAAUUCUACCUCUCAUAUCUUGUACUCUAUUUCCCGUCCCGUCUCUCUUCUACUCGAAGCCUUAAAUUCUACCUCUCAUAUCUUGUACUCUAUUUCCCGUCCCGUCUCUCUUCUACUCGAAGCCUUAAAUUCUACCUCUCAUAUCUUGUACUCUAUUUCCCGUCCCGUCUCUCUUCUACUCGAAGCCUUAAAUUCUACCUCUCAUAUCUUGUACUCUAUUUCCCGUCCCGUCUCUCUUCAACACUAAGCCUUAAAUUCUCCCUCUCGUCGUUUGUACUCCUCCCGUCAUAUUUCUACUCUUAUGCUUAUAUUUUAUGUCUAUUUUUGGUUCUCUAUUUUGUGUUUAUCCUGAUGUCUAUAUUUUAUACUCUGUGUCUGCAUUUGUACUCUCUUUCCUCAUUCGGCAUUCUUCUAUUCGUACGACUAUAUUCUCCUUAUAUAUUUCUUCCUCGUUUCUCUCUCUCCUCAACUUCAAGCCUAUAUCUCUCACCUCAUUUUUGCUAUCUGUUUCUUCACUCUUUUCUUCUUCUCAUGCCUAUAUUAUUCUCAUCUAUUCAACUCUUCUUGUCUGUUGUUAAAACUGUCGCCGCUUCACGCCAUGUCGUCACGGUUGGCUUGAACCGAGGCAGACGACCGUCUUACGCCGUUGUUUCUCUCUCCAUUUUCUUCUUUUUUCUCUUUCUUUUCUUCGUUAUUUCUCUUUCUUCUGCUCUCUACAUCAAUAAACUUUGUAGAGACUCGAGGGCAAGGUGUAACGAGUGCACUGUCGGGUCGCUUCUUUUGACUAUUUUUUCUCCGCAGAGUGCUACAGAAAAAAAAACUGAACUCGGAGUUAUCACAGACAAAAACACACUCAUCCAUCCAAAUCCAUCUAUCUAUCUAUCUAUCUAUCUAUCUAUCUAUCUAUCUAUACAGACGGGGGUGACCAUGACCUACCCCAAGUGA